AUGCCAGGGCUGGAUUGGCUCACCGGCUCCGGAAUUGAAUGGCUGCCUGCUGUCGGUUGGCAGCAGGCAGUCCAGUGGAUUACCCUUGCCCUAGUCGGGUUCGUAACCGGCGUCUUCGGCGUCCUUGUCGGCGCGGGUGGCGGCUUCAUCCUCGUCCCCAUCCUGCGUAUCUUCUUCGAUAAGGACCCCGCCAUAGUCGCGGGAACGGUACUUGCGCUCGUCGCCGCAAACAGCAUAUCCGGCGCCUUCGCCUACCGCUACAUGCGCGUCGUGGACAAGCGAGCGCAUACCUCUUUGCCGCCGCCGCAAUUCCCGGCUCCGUAA